GAUGUCGCCGCGCUCCGCCCGCCUGGCGCGGCUGUCGCGCUCCGUCACCUUCAGCGCCUGCCACCGCCUGCACAGCAAAUCCCUGAGUGAUGAGGAGAACCUGAAGCUGUUUGGGAAGUGCAACAAUCCAAACGGCCACGGACACAACUACAAAGUUGUGGUCACUGUGCGUGGAGAGAUUGACCCAGUCUCGGGGAUGGUGAUGAACCUGACAGACCUGAAGGAAUACAUGCAGGCAGCGAUCAUGGAGCCCCUUGACCACAAAAACCUGGACAAGGACGUGCCCUACUUCUCUGAGGUGGUGAGCACCACGGAGAACGUGGCUGUGUUCAUCUGGGACAGCCUCCAGAAGCUCCUGCCCCAGGGCAUCCUUUACAAGGUGGAAGUGCACGAGACAGAGCAGAACGUGGUGGUUUACAAGGGAGAAGAAACAAUUGUCAAGUGAAAUCAGCCUGAGCUCAGCUGCUCAGGAGAAAUCUCCAUCAUCAGCUCCGUGGAUCCCUGCUCAGCAUUUCCUGCAGCCAGCCCUGGGUUCUGUGCUACAGCAGGACAAGGGCAGAUGUUUCACAAGGACCCUCCCAGCAGUUUGCCCAUCUGGCUUCUCAGAACGGGUCGGUUUCUCUGCUUUUCCUCAAGACCUUCCUGUUUUGCCAGCUGAUGUGAAAUUUAGAGUUGUGCCGUGGUAAAUAAAGCAGCUUUGGGGAGAGGAGGUGGCCUGGCAAAAUCACAAAAGUCUUUGAUUUCUCUCUGAUUAAAAAUUGAAUUAAUUUAUUUGAUAA